AUGCAGGCGCAGGUAGCAGCAACAUUCUUCAAGUCUGUGCUUGCCUCGCUGGCUUUCGGCCGCUUUGUGUUGGGUCUUGACAGCGCUGUGCUGGCGUUGGACUCUUUGAGGGCAAAAGGGCUCGCCAGAAAGCUGUACCUGGGCAUCAGGCGAUUGCAGCAGAGGCCUCCACUUCGAGUCAAGGAUGUUAUCAGGCUGGAGCUGAUUUGCACAGGCGAUGUGCCUCGCUCGGUCCUCGAUGUGGUGAUGGCUGGCUUCAUCCUCUUCAUGGUAUUCGCUAGAGCAUGUCAUUCUGAUGCCCAACAUGUUUGCUUGCUGUCUUUCGAGCUUGACUUCAGGGGUGAUCUGCCUGCAGGCUUCAUCAACACGGAGGUUAAGAAAACGAAAACUAGCUUCACUGUGGAACGGAAAACAAAGUUUCUACCCAUGCUAGCUCCGGCGCGGGGCCUCAGCGGCAAGUGCUGGGCAUCAGGGUGGAAGACGGCGCUCGAGAAGGAGGGCGUCACGGCGGGGGAGGGGAAACCUCUCAUGCCAUCACCCAAGAGUGGGGGAGGAUGGAACGUGAUCCCGCAGACGGCUCAGGCUUCGGGGCAAUGGAUGCGUGCUCUGCUCAGUGAUGGCACUGAUGAUCCUCAGUUGCUCGGGCUCGGGACGCACUCAGCCAAAGCCACACUUUUGUCGUGGCUGAACAAGAAGGGUGUUGCUCGAGAUGUCACUGCACUGUUGGGGUACCACGCGACGAAGGACGCUGGCAUAGGUACUGAGAUCAUCUACGCCAGGGAUGCCAUGGCGUAUCCCUUAAGAGUUUUGCAGGAGCUCGUAGAUGAGGUCCGCGAUCGUUCUUUCAGGCCUGAUGAGACCAGAGGCCUUAUGACGGCCGCAGAGAGGGAGGCUGCAGGAGUCCGUGACGAUGCAGGUGCAGAUUGCUCAUCAUCCUCUUCUGAGGAUGAGGAAUGUCCGCGCCAUGAUGAGGGUGCUGUGGGACGAGUUUUGGGCCCGUGGGCCGGUCGUGUAGAUAGAUCUAAGAUUCCUGAUGAGGCGGUCAUGGCUAGGAACGAAACCUCGCGAGUUUUGCACAUUUCCCGUGAGGAGCAGGCCGCCGCUUUCAUUUGUGGCCGAAAGAGUACGGCUGCCUAUGAGUUAAUGCGUGAGGUGCUGCGGGCAGAGGAUGUGGACAAUCUAAAGUUCCGUGCGCACGUGCCUUGCAAGUCCAUGCUGUCAUGCUCUGGCGGUGCCCUGCAAGUUCAAGUUGUAUUGCGUCUAGCACCACCAGUCCUGCGCGUGCGUCUGGAGCCAGUUGUCUUGCAGAAGUUGCAGUCACUUGGCAGGCUGAAUUUGGCACUUUAA